GGAAGAGCGGGCGGGCGGGAGGCGCCGGCGCCAGACGCGGAGGGAAGGAGCUACGAGUAGCCGCCGAGAGGCCGCGGAGCCAGCGACGACCGACCCAGCCGAGCCGCCGCCGCCGCCGCCGCGCCCCCAUGGCGGCCGCCAAGGACACUCAUGAGGACCAUGAUACUUCCACUGAGAAUACAGACGAGUCCAACCAUGACCCUCAGUUUGAGCCAAUAGUUUCUCUUCCUGAGCAAGAAAUUAAAACACUGGAAGAAGAUGAAGAGGAACUUUUUAAAAUGCGGGCAAAACUGUUCCGAUUUGCUUCUGAGAACGAUCUCCCAGAAUGGAAGGAGCGAGGCACUGGUGACGUCAAGCUCCUGAAGCACAAGGAGAAAGGGGCCAUCCGCUUCCUCAUGCGGAGGGACAAGACCCUGAAGAUCUGCGCCAACCACUACAUCACGCCGAUGAUGGAGCUGAAGCCCAACGCAGGUAGCGACCGUGCCUGGGUCUGGAACACCCACGCUGACUUCGCCGACGAGUGCCCCAAGCCAGAGCUGCUGGCCAUCCGCUUCCUGAAUGCUGAGAAUGCACAGAAAUUCAAAACAAAGUUUGAAGAAUGCAGGAAAGAGAUCGAAGAGAGAGAAAAGAAAGGAUCAGGCAAAAAUGAUCAUGCCGAAAAAGUGGCGGAAAAGCUAGAAGCUCUCUCGGUGAAGGAGGAGACCAAGGAGGAUGCUGAGGAGAAGCAAUAAAUCGUCUUAUUUUA